GAGAGCGUGCCCGUGUCCUUGCUCUAUCAGCCGCGCACGGUGACUGUCUUUCUGACUGCCUGUGUGGAUAGUGAACCAGAGGCUUUUGUAUUGUCGUGUUGUGAGUGUCAUUUCUCUGUAAAAUAAAAAUGAUGGCAGCGAGAUUUCUUCUCCGUCGCGCAGUCCCCGCACUCAGACACGUGCGUUGUUAUGCGGACGCGCCGGCUGCUACUGAGAUGUCCUUCACUUUCGCGUCGCCGACAGAGGUGUUCUUCAAAGAAGCCAGCGUUAAACAGAUUGACGUCCCAACACUGACAGGAGCCUUUGGUAUUCUUCCAGCUCACGUUCCCACACUGCAGGUUCUCCGGCCUGGUGUAGUCACCGUCUUCAAUGAUGAUGGUUCUGCUGCUAAGUAUUUUGUAAGCAGCGGAUCAGUCACGGUCAAUGCCGACUCUUCAGUUCAGCUGCUGGCUGAGGAGGCUGUUCCUCUGGACUCUCUGGACCUUGCAGCGGCGAAAGCUAACCUGGAGAAAGCCCAGUCAGAGCUAGCAGGAGCUUCAGAUGAGGCAAGCAGGGCGGAGGUUCUCAUCAGCAUAGAGGCGAAUGAGGCAAUCGUCAAAGCACUUGAGUAAACAACUUCAUGCAUUGGUAAAUUAAAGGUUAUCAGCUUCGUCAGUUCCCCACCCCAUUGAAGUCAUAAACUGCAAGACAUGCAUGCUUGCUUUGUACAGUGGAUGAAAAUAACAAUAAAUUUAUUUGGAAGUAA